AUGGUGGCCGUGAUUGGCAUAGAACAUGUUCGGAGGCGCCGGCGCAGUUGCCUCAUCGCUGUAUCUUCCGCGUUAGUGCUUGCCAGUCUAUACUGUCUUCCAGAUGUGGACACUUUCGUUGGCACGGCGCAUCAGAGCUCCCCAGGAAGCCACCAACGCGUCUCGCCGCUGCGAUCAGGAUCAGCACAAAGCGUGUCCGUGCUAGAGCGCGAGGACGUGUCUGAAGGUAGCGAUGAUUUAGCGGAGCUGCUGCAGGCGCAAGCAGACCUGGACGUGAAGCUAAGGGCAGCUGAAGCGAGACUGAAGCGAGCUACAGCGUUCAAAUUGCCAGAAGCAGAGGCCCUAAGAAUCGAGGACGCACGCGGAGCUGGCGGAAGGAGGAGGGGACCCGUAAAGUACCGAGGAGGAGAGGAGGAGCCAGAAAAGCAGGCGCAGGAGGUGAAGUCCGACGGUCCAGGCACUCCCGCCAAGCUUUCGGAUCGGCUGAGCUGGGAGAAGAUCGAGGCCAUGUCAAACGAAGAGCGGUUUGCACUAUCACAGGAGGUCGGUCCAGCAUUUGGACUGUCAGUGGCCAUUGUGGCCGUAUGUUAUUGGUCCAUCACGCUUCCUAUACUCCUCAACGCCUAUCAUGACAGCACGGGCGAAUGGCCUCGUGUCGAGGAGAUUUUUUCGCUUUCGGAUGGUGGGAAAGCUGCCGGCGCCGUCGCAGGCAUUCUGGGCCUGGCCGCCUUGCUGAAGCCUCUGCGAAUUGCCUGCGCCAUCGCCCUGACGCCCUGGACGGCUGACAACGUCCUGCCUCUCGUGCCCUGGCUUUCACAGAAGAAGGAGGACGAAGCUGGAGAGGCUUAA